UUUGCUUUCAUGCUCAGUUGCUCACUGCUAGAGUGCUAGUAAAUUGUCCACUCUGCCCUCUUCAUCCUCUUGAAAGCUUCCAAUUCCGACUCUCUCUCUCUGUCUGUUUCAUUCGUCGACUCCGCAUAAUGGAUACGUCUCACCAAAAAAUAUGUGAGGCAGCUCAAGUUUUGCUCACUGCCAUGGCCGGUUAUUAAGAUUAGCUGUUUGAUAUUGGUUCUCCCAGUGAAUUUGGUUCCUGAAGAAGUAAAGAUGCCGGGAAUCCUUACAAAUGGAUUUGAACAUAAUGAAAGAGCAAAUGAGAUGAACGGGAAUCCUUCUCCUUGUAAGGAAACCGCCACUCCAAUCAAGCCCGAAGGGAGUUCCUUUAGUCAACAAAGUCCUCAGAAUUCAGGUCCAAAUGUACCUGUUCUACCAGUUGACACCUCAAUUGAGCAGCUUUAUGAAAAUGUCUGUGACAUGGAAAGUUCUGAUCACUCACCCUCCAGACAAAGUCUCGGAUCUGAUGGCAAUGAGUCUAGGAUCGAUUCAGAAUUGUGCCAUCUAGUUGGAGGGACGAUGAGGGAAGUGGAAAUAAUUGAAGAGGAGGUGGCUGAGAGGUCGAGAGGUGAUUCUUUCAGUGAAACAUCUUCUAGAAAAGGAACAUCAGAAGACGGUGAACAGUUGGUAGAGGCAGAUGAGAGGAUUCAAUGUGAGAAGUUGGUACAGGAGGAUGAGAAGAUUCAAUGUGAGGAGUUGGUACAGGCGGAUGAGAAGAUGCAAUCUGCUACUACAAGUUCUGUUUCUUCAGACAAGUCAAACAAAGAGUCAAACUCACGGGCAGACCUUAUCCCUGAAACACCACCAAAGUUGAAACCCAAGGGAAAAAGUCCUCCUACAAAGCCGCCCACUGAUAAGAGGAAUGAUAAACCUCUGAGAAAACAAAAUGCUGGAGUUACCCCUGUGAAAAAAUCUAAGAAUUCUCCUAUUAGAAGUUUAAUAUCACAAGAUCGGAGUAGGAAUUCGACUGAAUCUACAUCAGACAAGCCAGAGAUGGGGCCAGUUUUACUAAAGCAAGCAAGAGAUUUGAUUUCAUCAGGAGACAAUCCACAGAAGGCUCUUGAAUUAGCUCUUCGAGCAAUGAGAUUGUUUGAGAAGCAUGCUGAUGGAAAGCCAAGUUUGGAACUGGUUAUGUGUCUUCAUGUUACUGCAGCAAUAUAUUCUAGCCUAGGCCAAUACCAUGAGGCAAUUCCAAUUCUUCAGCACUCCACUGAAAUUCCUGCCAUUGAGGAAGGGCCAGAUCACGUCCUUGCUAAGUUUGCAGGUCACAUGCAAUUAGGUGACACCUAUGCAAUGUUGGGCCAGCUUGAAAAUUCAAUUAUGUGCUACACCAUAGGGUUGGAAGUCCAGCGGAAAGUCUUUGGAGAAACAGACCCAAGAUUUGGUGAAACCUGCCGGUAUGUGGCUGAAGCACAUGUUCAAGCGUUGCAAUUUGAUGAAGCUGAGAGGCUCUGCCAAAUGGCUCUUGACAUUCACAAAGCAAACGGUUCACCCCCUUCUCUUGAAGAGGCAGCUGAUAGGAGGCUCAUGGGCCUCAUAUGUGAAACAAAAGGAAACCAUGAAGCAGCUCUUGAGCAUCUAAUUUUAGCCAGCAUGGCAAUGGUGGCUAAUGGCCAGGAAGUGGAAGUGGCAUCUGUUGACAGCAGCAUUGGUGACACAUACUUAUCCUUGUCUCGGUACGACGAAGCUGUUUUUGCUUAUCAGAAAGCACUCACAGUUUUCAAGACCAGCAAAGGAGAGAACCAUCCAGCCGUGGGAUCGAUCUUUGUACGUCUGGCUGACUUGUAUAACAGGAUAGGGAAGAUAAGGGAAUCAAAAUGUUACUGUGAGAGUGCACUUAGAAUCUAUGAGAAACCUAUGCCUGGGAUCCCUCCUGAGGAGACAGCAAGUGGUCUUAUGGAUAUUUCGGCUAUCUAUGAGUCAAUGAACGAGCUUGAACAGGCACUUAAGUUACUUCCUAAGGCACUGGAGAUAUAUAAGAAUGCCCCUGGUCGGCAAAGCACAGUUGCAGGAAUUGAAGCUCAGAUGGGAGUCAUGCACUACAUGUUGGGAAACUAUACUGAAUCUUAUAACACGUUGAAGAAUGCUAUCUUGAAGCUUCGUGCUACUGGGGAGAAGAAAUCAGCUUUCUUUGCUGUUGCUCUUAAUCAAAUGGGACUUGCUUGUGUGCAGCGAUAUGCAUUGAGUGAGGCUACAGAACUGUUUGAAGAAGCAAAGAAUAUUCUGGAAAAAGAGUAUGGUCCCUAUCACCAUGAAACGCUUGGGGUUUACAGCAAUCUUGCUGGUACAUAUGAUGCAAUGGGAAGGGUGGAUGAGGCAAUUCAAAUUUUGGAGUAUGUGGUUGGAAUGAGAGAGGAAAAACUUGGGACAGCGAAUCCUGAUGUGGAUGAUGAAAAGAGAAGGCUGAGUGAAUUAUUGAAGGAAGCAGGUAGAGUUCGGAGCAGAACAGCCAGGUCACUUGAGACCCUUCUUGACGCCAAUGCACCUUCUGAAAACGGUAACAUGGUCAUCAACGUUCUACAAGGGAAGCUAUCCAGGACUUGUGAGAAGUGCUUAUUCAUUCUUGUCAUAAACCCAAGAAGGAGCAGAGUGAAAAAGAUCAAGUUGUGACAGUAUUAAUUUAUGGGGCAAAUCAAAUGUUUAAAGAGUGAAAUGGUUGCUGCGUAAAUUUUAUGUAGUAUAUGUAGUAAUCGUGUAUAGUUACGAUGUCAUUAAUUAUGGUAUCCGGAGUGCCCCCAUAUUUAAAACUUACCGUUGCACAAUGCAUGCUCACCUUGACAAUUUGGUUACACCCUAAAUUCGUAAAAGGUGAGUGCAUGCAGUGUAUUGGAUAAAGAAAAAAAGAGACAGCACAAACUUAGAAUUUGGGUUGUUUUAAAAUUUGGAA